AUGGUCUCGCCCCUCUCCCCCGUCGCAGGCGACGUCACGCCCAAACAAGCCCCGUCGAAAGCGAAAACGAAACCUGCGAAAUCACGACGGGUCUAUGGAAAGCGCAAGGUCGAUGCGCCGCGGGCGGUGUUAGAUCAGCGGAGUCCGGCGAAGACGGAGAUGAAGAAAUCGUCAACGACGGUUCAGGAUGGUGUGGAUUCGCUCCGUGUGAAGCUGGCUGAGGUCCGGAUUGGGAAUAAGCAAGAUGCGCUGCAGGAGGAACCGGUUGAGCCGGUGAAGACCAGUGAGAAGACUACCGAGCAGGUAGAGGAGCAUGUCAAAGAGAUACCAGAAACAACGGAAAAUGUUGACGAGAUACCCAACACUAUGGAGCUCACCGAUACGCCAGAAAUUGAGACGCCGAAUGUGGAACCGGAAAACGAGACGGCAGAGUCCACCUCUUCGAAGCCUCAGGCAGCACCGAAGAAACAAUUAGAGACGAUGGUGGAAGUGAGGGUCAGUCCGAAACCUACCGCACGGAGAUCAAAGCAAGAGCCAAAGGAGAACCAUGAUACUAGCGAGACCGGGAGGCGGGCAACAAGAAGGACCAAACCCGCAGAGAAAAAGCCCGUCCAACGACAAUCGGCUGGGUUCGUAUCGGACCAAAAAGCCAAUGUCUAUGUUCGCACCAUCCUCGACGAGGCCUUAUCGCCGGUAGCUGCGCAGAGUGUUCAGAAAUUCGGUUCCUGGGCCGCUCGCGCGGGGAAUAUGCUGGAGGUUGUGAAGAUCGCCGAAGGUUCCUACGGAGAGGUCUAUAAGCUACGACUGCGAGAGGAGGUGUGCAAGAAGGAAAUGUCGAAGUCGAAGCUGGCUCGUCUAAAGGCCUACGGGGAUGGUGUUUUCAAGGUUGUUCCUCUGCGGGCGCAGAGCGGUCCUGGUUCGAAAAAAUUCACCAGUAUCGACGAAAUCGUGUCCGAGGUCAAAAUGUUGAAAUACCUGGAUCCCAUCCCAGGGUUCGCGCGAUUCAGAGAAAUCCACGUCGUUCAGGGCCGCUUCCCGGAGUCGUUCCAGAAAGCAUGGGAUCACUAUAAAAAGACCAUGGAUGACUGCCUGAAUCCCAACCCAUCAAGCAAAAGAUCGUAUCCCGACUCGCAACUCUGGGCCAUUAUAGAGAUGGACGAUGCCGGGUGUGAGCUGGAAAAGUUCUCUUGGACAUCCAUCUUCCAGAUCUAUGAUAUCUUCUGGGGAGUGGCGAUGGCUCUUGCGCGGGCCGAGGAAUAUGCGCAGUUUGAGCAUCGCGAUCUUCAUCUUGGCAAUGUUUGUAUCAGAAGUAUCCGACCGGACGGCCGCAUGGACCCGCCGACAGAGCUUGAGAUAAUGCGCCUGUCAUCUGCCAGCGGGUUUGGUAUAAGCACGCUGGAGACCACUAUCAUCGAUUAUUCGCUCUCCCGAGCCGAACUGAGAUCUGCCGAGGAAGCAGGCGAAGUUGUUGACAUUGCAUCGUCUGACCUUGACAAGAAGCAAAUCUUUCAUGCCGUUGGUCGGGAUGAGGACGAGAUCCUACUGAGAAAUACCUAUAGAUACAUGCGCGCCCAACUAUACACAGGACAGCCCUUGGACGCCACCAAGCCUGCUGAUAUCCCGGGCAUAUGGGUCGAAUACGCUCCACGGACCAAUCUCAUCUGGUUGCUCUUCCUCCUCAAGUCCCUGCUGAAGAAUCACAAAACCGAGAUCCCUCCCCAAAGACAACCUCUUGCCCCACGCUCUCCUAAUAAGGAAGUCCAACCCAAAUCCAGGUCCCAAAAGAAAGAUAGUCUUCAUUCUAACAAGGCUAUCACACAAGUGCAGUCCAACGCCUCUCAAUGGCAGAAGACUCUCCAGGAUCGACUGACCAGUGUCUUGGGGCUUUUGGAUCUCGACCACGGACACGAGGAUAUGUGCUGUGCGGCCGACCUAGUUGCAUACGCCAUUGACUCUCAAUGGCUGGAUGGGCAAGAUUUCUUUUAA